ACCCUCAACUCCUAUUCUCGCAGAUGUUCUCGCGCGGCUUCCAAAAUGGCGGCCUUCGGCGAGGAGUUCACGUUAUGUCCCUUAGUCGGGUCUCCGCCGCAGGCCCCUUUGGGCCUGGAGCCCGACGCCGACCGGGUGCUGCUCACGGAUCGGGCCCGAACGGUGACGUUGUAUAAGGUUUCAGAUCAAAAACCAUUGGGUUGCUGGUCCGUCAAACAAGGCCAAAAAAUUACAUGUCCAGCUGUGUGCAAUUAUGAAACAAGAGAAUUUGUUAUUGUUCACGAUGACAAGAUUUUACAGAUAUGGAAGGAGACUGAUACAAACUUGGACAAAGUCUUUAAAGCCACAUUAUCAGCCAAUGUUUAUCGGAUCCAUUCUCUGCCUCAUAUUGAACCCCUGGUUCUGUUCAAGGGUGGUGUUGUGAAGAGUUUGGAUGCUUUGCUAGCUGCACCCCAGCAAGAAGUUGAAAAUAUCAUUUCAGAUGAAGUUAUUAGAUGGAGUACUGUUUUCAUGGGAGUUGAACAACCUGUUCUUACAUUUAUUACUGAACAGAAUGGGAAUUACUUCAUAUACAUUCAGCAGUGUAAUACGUGUGUCCAUCAGAAGUUUAAACUUGAAACAGGGAGUGAGACAUCUACACCACUGAGCUUUGCUGGACACUUGAACAACAAAGUUAUUACACUUCUUUGUUUGUAUUCAAAUGGCUGUGUAUUUAAGGUUCUGGUGCCACUAUCACCAACUGGCUCUGAAGAAGAACACGUUCUAUCAAAGUCACUUCUGGUCAGACUUGUAAUAUCUGGCAGGAUUCUGAAAGGGACUUCAAUUGCCAUUCUUGAUAAAGACCAUAUUGCUGUAACAGGAUGCCUGGAUUCCCCAGACAGUGAUGUUAAAGAUUGCUUUUCCAUAUGGAAUAUAAAGUUCCAGACACUGCAGGCUUCAAAAGAAUUGCCACAUGGAACCAUUGGCCAAUGCUGGUGUUAUGGCGACAAACUCUUUAUAACACAUGGUAAAGAGUUAAGAGUGAUUCUGUAUAAGUGUGAAGCCUCAUCCUUAGCUGCUGCUAUUGGGAAAAUCAAAGAUACACAAACCUCAGGAGUGAAGUCUGUCUCUGUGAAUUGGAAUGUGCUUCAGGAAAAUGAAACAACAGAUGUACAGCUGGAGCAGCCUGUAAAUUCUAAGAGGAAGGGCCUGCGAUCUGAAUCCAGCCCACUACAUACGAACUUUGUAUGUUUAUUUUCACAGUUACGAUCAAAAAAAAGCGCUCCGCUGGAGAACCUCACAGUUGAGCAACUUCUUUUAAGAAUCAAGGAUGCUUCUCAGAAUAUAGUAGAAAAUAAGGUGAUGGCCUUUUUGUCCAGUGCUCAGACAUCCGACUUUCAAGCAUCGAUUGGAUAUGUAGUGUCUGCUCUUGUGAACCGGUGCAAAGCAGAGCCAUCGUUUUUUCCUCGGGAUUGCCUGGUGCAGCUGGUCCAAACACAAGGCCUCUCUUACAGUUUGUGCCCUGGCUUAAUGGCAGUUGCCUUGGAGAAAACAGAUGUACACUUGUUACAGCUAUGCCUACAGCAAUUUCCUGACAUCCCUGAAGCAGUGAUUUGUGCUUGUCUGCAGACUUUCCUGAGCAUUGGUGAUGACCGCCUUGAAGCAACAAAUGUCAACCUAGAUGCUCUAACAUGUCGUGUUCAUACUGUGCACGACAAUAAAAUGGAAAAACAAUCUAAAAUUACACAGAAUGGCUUCAGUUCUGAGCCCCUAGAAGAUGAUGGCUGUGAUGCAGAGCUGCCACAGAAAUCUUCUGUAAAAGAAUCUAAAGAAAUGUGCCCUGUGGGACCACAAAAAGCAAGUUUACUAAAUACCGUUCUUUGUUCAGCAUAUAGCGAAACCUUUCUUUUGCCUCAUUUGAAAGACCUCUCUGCUGAACAAGUCAUAUUGUUUCUCCAAUAUUUGCAGUACCUAUAUAUGAAAUGCAGUGUAGAGGCUACCACAGACUUUUCUAGUGUAUCUUCUGUGACCAUAAACCAGAUCAUGGACUGGAUAUACCUCCUUCUGGAUGCUCAUUUUACAGUUGUUGUGAUGCUGCCAGAAACAAGAAGACUGCUUUAUACAUUACACAAGUUUGUAAGAGCUCAAGCACGUUUUUACUCUGAUCUGAACAAGAUUGAAGCAAGCCUGAAAGAGUUAAAGAGGAUUAACCGACCAAAAGAUGGGGGGUUAUAUUCCAUUGAAGUUCUGAAACUUGUUUGAAAUUGAUACGUUUGCCAUAAAAUUGUUAUAAACCCA